AUGGCUGAACCAACUGGUCUUGCCGAGGCUUUGGAGAAGCUCGCUAAGAUCCUCGCGGAGUCCAACUCUGGGGCCAUCGUUCCUCGACAGGAAGUGGCUCAAAAGCUUGAAAUGUCGCCCCUGGACAUGAAGCUAGAGGGGGCAACAAAUUAUUUGAGCUGGUCCAGAAGGGCUUUGUGGGCUGUGGAGCAGAAGGAGCUUGAUGGAUAUUUGUUGGGCACCGUUGUAGAACCAAGGGACACGAGUAGUGCAGAGGGCAAGAGGUGGAAGGUCAUCCACUCUGUACUUAUGGUGUGGUUGUUGAACUCCGUGGUGCCCUCCAUUGGACGCUCUGUGGAGGGGCUAUCC